CCUCGGAAUUCCCGGAGAAAACCAUGGAAUUCAUGGAGAAAAUCCCAAAAUUUGUGGAGAAGUCCCCGGAAUUCCGAGAGAAAAUCACAGAAUUCCUGGAGAAAUCCCCGGAAUUCCGAGAGAAAAAGCCAAAAUCUGUGGAGAAAUCCCCGGAAUUCCAAGAGAAAACCACGGAAUUCCUGGUGAAAUCCCUGGAAUUCCAAGAGAAAACUCUGAAGUCCACGGAAUUCCCGGAGAAAUCCCCGGAAUUCCAAGAGGAAGCCACAGAAUUCCUGGAGAAAUCUCCGGAAUUCCAAGCGGAAAUCUCGGAAUUCCCGGUGAAAAUCCUGGAUUUUCCACUGAAAUCUCGGCUGGAAUGGGAAGAAUUCCCGGAAUUCCGGGCCAAAAUCUCAGAAUUCCGACUGAAAUUCCUGAUAAUCCCAGAGAAAUCCCGGCCGGAACGAGAAUUCCUGGAAUUCCGAGAGAAAACCCCGGAAUUCCCAGCGAAAAUCUCGGAAUUCCUGGUGAAAUCCUUGCCGGGAUGGGCAGAAUUCCAAGAGAAAACCCCGAAAUUCCUGGAAUUCCGAGAGAAAACCCCGAAAUUCCUGGAAUUCCGAGAGAAAAUCCCGGAAAUUUCAUCGAAAAUCCCGGAAAUUUCACGGAAAACCCCAAAAAUUCCAGCUCCGCCUCCUCCGGAACCUGUGGAAUUCCCGGAAUUCCAAGGGAAAUCCUUGGAAUUCCCAACGAGAACCCCAAAAAUUCCGGCGCGCUCCCCCCGGGGAGGUGCGGAAUUCCCGGAUUUCUGCCGGAAAUCGCCGGGAUUCCGCCGGAAGCGCCCGGAAUUCCGCGGGAAAUCUGCAGCUCCGGGGAUUCGCUGUCGCUGCUGA